AUGAUGACUACUAUUGUUCUUCUACUACUCUCCUUUCUCUCACUGCAAUGGCUUCUUAUUUCUGGCUCCUCCACUACAGAUCAGAUUCCCAAGCAUUAUGUGAUAUAUAUGGGAGCACCAAAACCAUUAUCAAAUGGAAACGAAGUAGAUUCUAAAGUUGCUGAUCAAUCAGCUCAUUUGCAGUUACUCUCCUCUAUCGUUCCAAGUGAAGAGAAGGAAAGAAUAUCUCUAAUCCACCAUUACCACCAUGCUUUUAGAGGAUUCUCUGCCAUGCUUACCGAUAAUGAAGCUUCUUUUUUAUUGGGUCAUAGUGAUGUGGUAUCAGUAUUUCCGGAUGACAUGGUUGAACUGCAGACAACACGUUCUUGGGAUUUCAUAGAAGGAAGAGCAGGAAAGCAAUCACAAUGGGGUUUGGAUAAGCAUAUCACUAGUAACAUUAUUAUUGGGAUAAUAGACUCAGGAAUAUGGCCGGAAUCUCAAAGUUUUAACGAUAAAGGACUUGGGCCAAUCCCUUCAAAAUGGAAAGGAGUUUGUACCGAGGCAUUAGACUUCGACAAGUCCAAUUGUAAUAGGAAGUUGAUAGGUGCAAGAUACUACCUCCCUGCAAAUGCGACAGAAGAAGGGACACCGAGAGACUCAAACGGGCACGGGACACACGUGGCGUCCACCGCCGCGGGCUCAGUAGUUUCCAAUACUAACUUCUUCGGCUUAGCCAGUGGCACCGCGAGAGGUGGUGCGCCGUCGGCCAGGAUUGCCAGUUAUAGGGUGUGUUGGAGUACAGGUUGUUCUAUAGCAGCUAUUCUGAAGGCCAUCGAUGAUGCAAUCAACGAUGGAGUUGACAUUAUCUCCAUCUCUAUUGGCUACGUGAAUGGCUCCAGAGAGUACUUGAAUGACCCAAUAUCCAUUGGUGCUUUUCAUGCUGAGCAAAAUGGUGUCUUGGUGGUUUUAUCCGGCGGUAACAAUGGCCCUGAUCCUUACACAGUCGGCCACACCGCACCCUGGAUGUUUACUGUGGCAGCUUCUACUAUUGAUAGAGAUUUCAGGUCCAUGCUUCUUCUUGGAAAUGGGAAAAUUCUCAAAGGAACUGGCAUUAAUUUUUCAAAACUAUCACGGUCACCUAUAUAUCCAAUUAUAUUUGGAAAGGAUGCGGCUAUUAAUUCUUCUGUUGCAUCAAAUGCAGGGAAAUUCUACUCAGGUACUUUGGACAUUAAGAAAGUCGCAGGGAAAAUUGUGGUUUGUGUUGAUGAUGAGAAUCCUUUACGUUUGAGGGGAAAUCUAACAAAAACUAUAGAAGACGUUCAAGGCGAAGGACUAGUUAUGAUUACAGAAGAUGAUAAAAUUUCACCCAAUCCUACAGGCAUUUUCCCAUGGGUGCAAGUUGGCAAAAUUGCAGAAUCUCACAUUCUUAUAAACUACAUCAACUCUACUGAGAAGCCAACAGCAACAAUUCUUCCAACAGUUGAAGUUCCAAGAUUUUAUAAACCUGCACCAGUGGUUGCCAUUUUUUCAUCGAGAGGCCCUGGACCGUUCACAGAGAACAUUCUAAAGCCGGAUAUAAUGGCUCCCGGAGUGGCGAUUUUAGCUGCCACUGUUCCAAAUAAGAUAGAAGACGCAGAUGGGAAUACGCCAUCGGAGUUUGGGUUUAGUUCUGGAACCUCUAUGGCUUGUCCACAUGUAUCUGGGGCUGCUGCUUUCAUCAAGUCAGUUCACCCUACGUGGACUUCUUCUAUGAUCAAAUCAGCACUUAUGACAACAGCCACCGCGUACGACAACACGGGGAAACCAUUAACAAACAGCUCAAAGUAUAUGGCAAAUCCACAUGAGGCUGGAGUUGGAGAAUUAAACCAUAUGAAAGCUCUAAACCCAGGACUAGUCUUUGAAACAACCACACAAGACUACUUCAAUUUCCUCUGUUACUACGGCUAUACAGAGACGGAUAUAACAUCCAUAUUUCCAGACGACAAAAAUUUCCAAUGCCCCAACAACUCAAACGACCAACUCAUAUCAGACAUUAAUUAUCCUUCCAUCUCUAUUGGCAAGCUAAAACGACACCAAUCAACUCCCAGCAGAGUCAUCAAAAGGACUGUGACCAAUGUGGGGCCCUCCAACUCGACAUACAUUGCUCGAGUUCAUUCCCCAAAAGGCUUAGUUGUAAAAGUCAAUCCGGAGAAGAUUGUUUUCUCCAAGGGUCUGAAAAGGGUUCCUUUUGAGGUGUCGUUUGAUGGCAUGGAGGCUCCUAGUGGGUAUAGUUUUGGACAUAUUACUUGGUCUGAUGGUCGUCAUUCAGUUCGUGUUGUAUAUACUGUGAAUGUUGAAUAAUUUUUUUUAUUUUUAUAUGGAAAU